GUCUCGUGUCCGUAGCGUUACUGAAAGUGAAAGUAGAUCACGAUCACGAGGCUUUAACUAAAAUAUCUCCUUUUAAUCUUACAACAGAAUAUUUCUUUAUUCGUUAUUGUACGAGUGAACACAUCUGGUCUUCACUCACAGAAAGUGCUGACUGGAUUCUCCAUGUUCUUUGGGAACGUGUGCAAAGGAUUGUGGGUGAUUUCAGGCAGCGAAGGAUACAGGGUGCUUGUUCCUCGCUCCUCUGUCCGGAAACCGAUCGAGCUCAGCCAUCUUUAAGGACGUCUCAAUACGCCCUUUUCACAUGACGUCACGCAUCUUCCGUUCUGCCGCGAAGCAGUGUACCGUUACUUCCGCUAGCACUCCAGUUCAUAAGGUGGCGGUAAUGCACCUAUAAGCUGGUUUGCCAACCGCCAGUAAAACUCAAGAAGAAGAAGCUACUUCCGCUAUAGCGCCUUAGAGUUUACAAAGUCCCUUGCACAUCUGCCACAAAUACGGCUAGAUGAUGUACAACGUCUUGCAGACAAAUUUUUGCUAUCGACAAGAUCAAAGCUAGAGAAAGGAUACAAAUUCUUCGUUGAACAGUACUUGUUUGAUUAUGAAGGUAAGUAUUUUGUUUUCUUUUUGUGUUAGCGAAGGUGCUAGGAUAAGUACUUCAAUACGUGUUUUGUCAGUUUUUUUUCCACUGUUGUUAAAUUCCAGCACGACGGCAAAACGGAAGUUCUUCUUCUUGUUUGUUGCAAGACGGAUGUUAUGAUACACUGCUUUGCGAAAAGGCGGAAGUUAAGUGACGUCAUUGUGAAAAGGGCCUAUUCUCUAAUUGCACUGGGAGGAGGCGAAGUAUGUAUUUAACUUUAUUUUUAAAAUGUGCAAUGUGUGCAGUCAUCAUUAAUUGACGACGCUUUGAAGUGACGCUAAAGGGAGCGAGGAUAUGCCAUUUCACUUUUAAUUCCUCCGUCCUCGCUUCUUUUCCUUGUUCCCUUCCCUCGCAUCCUGGAGGGGUGGAGCUAAGACGCGAGGAAAGGAAACGAGGAUGCACAAAUAAGAAUUGAGUGGCACCCUUAGUGAUUUUUUUUGUCAGGAAGUUAAUGACAGACUGAUGAGGACUCGAUACAGUGCAGCUGUAAAUCCAAGGGCGUCGAUUUGGGUAGGGAAUAUAUAGCGAAUAUUGGGUACCGAUGUUCAGGGAACACUAAAUUGUCCCUACCAAUCAUUUCGACCAAAAAAUUAAUCUACACUUAUAUAACCACUGUUGUCCAUCUGUGUCUUGUCUUUUUUUUACUUAUUACUUAUUUUAUACAACAUAUUUAUCCAGGAAUCAUUUGAUUGAAAUUAAAAAUGUUUUACAACCGCGUUCUGGAAAAAUAGCGCAGUUUGUGGUACACAAAUGAGUCCCGCCUCAGUAGCUCACGUCGCUAAUAGGAUUGGCUUUGCCUUUCUUGAGUCCCGCCUCUCUAACCCACGUCGCUUUAUGAUUGGCUUUGCCUUCUGUCGCUAACCUGUGUGACGCAGAGCUGUGAACGAUGAGCAUGAUUAUGCAGGUUACUGUUAAGAAAAAAAAAAUACGGGAGAAGUUGCGUCAUAUAUUGAUUCAUGCAGGGGCGGACUGGCCAUCUGGCGUACCUGGCGUUUUCCCGGUGGGCCGCUAACGUAUGGGGCCGGAACGGAGGUUGUGGCCGCAAACGUAUGGAGCCGUAACGGACGCGUUUGCCGCAAACGUAUGGGGCCGGAGACGUUGGCCGCUUUGAAGUGAAAGUGUGAAAGUGACCUAUUAGUCAGAUAUGGUGACCCAUACCCAAAAUGUGACCUCUGCAUUUAACCCAUCCAGAGAGUAGUGAACACCCGUACACCCGGAGCAAGUAGGGGUAAGAUGCCUUGCUCAAGGGCACCUCAGUCAUUACCCGCCGGCCCUGGGGAUCGAACCUGCAACCUGGUCACGAUUUCGACUCUCUAACCAUUAGGCUACGACUGCCCGGACUUGAUGGAUGUAUUAUAAAUGCGAAUGCACGCAACGCGAAUUCCCCCCCAAACCCCUAACCCCCCCCAUUUUCAAUCUUUGUGAUUUACACAUCCCAUAUGUGUAAAUCACAGAAAACUGAUACAGAAAACUUCUGUAUUAUACAUUUUUAUAUAUUUAUGUUUUAAUUUAAAAUGGCAAUAUAGUAGUGUUUAAUGGGAAAUUACACAAUAUUUGGUUGCAAACAUUCAAGUGUCAUUAAGUGUUGUGAUUUUUGUUUUCAAAUGACAACAGGGAAAUAUCAAUAAUGGAAUCUUCAUCAACAAGAAGAGAAACCAGAAGACAGAGUAUAGAACAACCCCCAAAAAUGUCAUCCUCCAGUGAUCCAAUGACUGAGAGGCUUCAGUGUUCAAUCUGUCUGGAAGUGUUCAGUGAUCCAGUCAGCACUCCAUGUGGACACAACUUCUGUAAGAUCUGUCUCAGUACAUACUGGAACAACAGUCAAGACUGCAGAUGUCCAAACUGUAAAGAAACAUUCAAGCAGAGACCUGAUCUCAAGAUUAAUACAACACUCAGAGACGUUGUGGAUGAACAUAAGAAGAAAUGUCAUGAAGAACAAGCUGAAGUUGUGUGUGACAUCUGUAGUGAAGGAAAGCUGAAGGCUGUGAAGUCGUGUCUGGUGUGUCAGAGCUCUUACUGUGAAACUCACCUGGAGCCUCAUUUGAGAGUGUCAGGAUUACAGAAACACAAACUGAUGGAUCCUGUGAAGAAUCUGCAGGAUUAUAUAUGUCAGAAACAUGACCGACCUCUGGAGCUCUUCUGUAGAGAUGAUCAGACAUGUGUGUGUCUUAUCUGCACUGUGACGGAUCACAAGAAUCACAACACUGUUCCUUUAAGAGAGGAAAAACAUCAGAAACACUUGAGUCGUCUGCAGAAGUCUUCAUCUGACGGUUCUUUUAAGUUCUGGUUCCUGGUUGUGGGACUUGUCCUGUGUUUGUUGUCUGCUUGUUUAAUUCAGGUUUACAAAGACAUGCAACGCCGUGAAGCUGAAACAUUAGAAAGAGUUGAGACGUCAAAAACGGAAAUCACUGAACUGAAGAAGAGAAUCAAUGAGCUGGAUUUAGACAUGCGAAGCUGUAAAGCUGGGGAUGUGGCUCUGGACCCUGAUGUCUCUCUGUCUCUGAGUGUAAAGCCACAGAAGGUGGGUGUGUUUGUGGAUUAUGAGGAGGGUUUGGUCUCCUUCUAUGAUGUGGAGAACAGAUCUCAUAUCUACUCUUUCACUGAUCAAUCCUUCACUGAGAAACUCUAUCCAUAUUGUAGCCUGUGUUUUAAUGAUAAAGGUAAAAACCCAGAGCCGUUGAUCAUCACACCUGUCAAUUAUGAUCAAUAGAUUGUUAUCCUUUUUUGUAAUGAAAGCCAAUAUAUUUUGUGUUUAAGUGUUUGAGUGUUUAAGAUAAAGUGUUUUCAUUUAAUUAAAGAAUAAAUGUACAGAAAUGUUUUGUUGUACACCCAUUACAAAGUUUCUUCACAUCAUGUUAACUCUAGGUUGAACUAAUCAUUUUAGUGAUCAGAAAUGUGAAGAGAUGUGUUUUAUCGCACUCUGUUACUGGUGUUUGGUAAGGCAAUCAAAACGAUCACUAUUUGGUACUUAUUGUGACUCAUUGGGUCCUCUUAAGUGUGAACUUUGCAGUUAGUUCUUCCUUUAGUGAACUUGUUUUGUCCAAUAAUUUGAUAAUUUUUCUAUAAAGCUUGGAGUUUUCUUAUGUAUUAAAAACUCCUUAGCACUUGAUGUGUUAAUGUUAACACACUGUUUUGUGUCAAUUAUUUAACACAUUAUGUGUUACUUUCAACACACAUUGUGUUGAUUUCUGACACUAGUUGUGAUGAAAGUAAUACAAAACGUGUUGUCCCAAGAAUUAACACAUUAUGUGUUCAGUUAAGGACAGCACAUUAGUUACUCACUCUCACGUCAUUCCAAACAUGUACCGUGUGACUUUCUUCUGCAAGAAAUAUCUUGAUCAAAAGAAGAUAUUUUGAAGAACAUUGGUAACUAAACAACACUGAACCCUAUUGACCCCAUCAAAUGAACACAAAACCACGGAGACAUUUCUCAAAAUAUCUUCUUUUGUGUUGCACAGAAGAAACAGUCAUACAGGUUUUGAACGACGUGAGGGUGAAGAUUUUUCUGUUUAUGAUUUUCUACUUACAAACUGUGUUUCUCCUUGCUUGUGAACUAUUAAACAUUUUAU